AUGCUCCUGUACCGUAACAACCUACCCCAGCGGCCGCCCCAGUAUCGGACAUCAACUCGGGCCUCUAUUGAAGCAAUGCCGGAAAACGAGGAGGAUCUAAUUAAGAAAGUUCUGCAAACCCAAGAAGAAGCAUGCGAACCGAAAGCUGCUGAUGUUGCGAUCUACGUCAACUACCCAGUAUAUGUGGAUUAUUCUCAGGGGCGAUGGGAAGAGGCGGUGGAAAAACAGCUCGAAACCGUGAGAAAUUCCACAGCAGCACAGGGGAUUCCCAGUGCUAUUAAAAUCCACGAACGCCAUAUUCUUGGCAUACUCCAGCUUGCCACGGAAGACAACACGUCCGCGGAGGAGAAUUUGCUGUCCGUGCUGCAUUCUAGAAUGCAAAACUAUUGGCCAAUAGAUCCCAAAUUGGUCAUGACUUGCGCCGACAUUGGUCUAGCCCUGCUCGUCCAGGGAAAGUAUGCAGAAGCAGAGCAUAUUAUUCAAAAGGCGUGUCAGGACAUUGGGAUUCUGCCGAAUCUAGAGGCGAUCACGAUUCUUAACAGUCUCGGAUCGGCUUUGAAGAGCCAGGGAAAGUAUCAGGAAGCCGAGCAGAUAUUUUCGCAAGCGUUCGAGCGUCGAAAACAAGUACCAGGGUUCUGCUAUAGGGUUGCAGUUAUGUCCGCUCUCGGUCUUCGGUCAGUACUAAACUGCCUGAAAAAGCAUGAUGAGGCAGAAGCAGUGGAGAAACAAUUUGGAAUUCCCCACGCCCUUCCAUCAGUUUCGCAGCAAUGGUGCCUGUUAGGAAAAGAGCAUUAUACCGGCUUUCCUCCAAAACUUCGAAAUGACAAUAGCAACACUUUCGAAACUGUUAGUGUACUGAGGAAUGCCGGUCCUCAGAAAUCCCGCCCUCCGCUCCCUAUAUUGGAAAGCCCUCUACCCCUCCCGUAUGUUCGCUGCCGCCUAAAGUACAGCUCUGCACAAUUCCCAUUUCAGCAGUGGCUGGAUUCUGAAUAUGGUCGCGAUAGUCCUUCUUUUAGUUAG